AAUCGCAGUCUUUUGCAUCUGAAGAAUAAGUUGUUUUUCGCGCACCGUUUCGGCGAGUAUUGUAUUUCGCUGAAACAGUGAAGAAACAAAACGGUUAGUCCCUUCGGAUGGCGAUUUCCGAUGUGCAUGAGACUUCUGUCGCCGGCGACGGAGCCAACCACUCUUCGCUGCGGCGGAGGCACAGCCGCGUAGCUUCCAGCGGCGGCAACAUGUUCGACGAAGCUGAGGCUUCCGCUGAGGCUGUGAUGAUAGCUUCGUCGGGGUCCGACGAUUCGCUGAACGAGAAGAUAGGUGCCGCCAGGGAGGAGAAGGUGAAGGAGAGGCAGAAGCAGAAGGAGGAGGACCGGAAGCCGCCGGAUCAUGCUUCCCGAAAUGAGGUCCAAGACGGUGAACGAGCUGCCGCCGGAGAUAACUUCACUUACCGGGCUUCAGUUCCGGUUCACCGGAGAAUCAAGGACAGCCCGCUCAGUUCCCGCAACAUUUUCAAACAGAGCCAUGCAGGAUUGUUCAAUCUCUGUGUAGUAGUGCUUAUUGCGGUGAAUAGCAGACUUAUCAUUGAGAAUAUAAUGAAGUAUGGCUGGUUGAUAAAUUCUGGCUUUUGGUUUAGUUCAAAAUCGUUGAGAGAUUGGCCCCUCUUAAUGUGUUGUAUUAGUCUUAAUUUAUUUCCACUUGCUGCUUUUAUGGUGGAAAAGUUGGCACAGAAAAAGCGCAUUAGUGAACCGGUCAUUUUUCUACUUCAUACAAUCAUUAUGACAGGAGAAAUUUUGUUCCCAGUUCUAGUAAUUCUCAGCUGUGAUUCUACGUUUUUAUCAGGCCUCACAUUGAUGAUGGUUGCAUGCAUUAUAUGGUUAAAAUUGGUGUCAUAUGCACAUACAAGUCAUGAUCUGAGAUCACUUAGCUUGUCAAUUGAAAAGGGAGAAACAUUGCCCAAUAAUUUGAACAUGGAGCACCCUUACAGAGUGAGCUUCAGGAGUAUGGCAUACUUCAUGGUUGCUCCUACAUUAUGUUACCAGCCAAGCUAUCCUCGCACACCUUCCGUUCGUAAGGGCUGGGUGUUUCGUCAACUUAUCAAGUUGGUAAUAUUUACUGGACUUAUGGGAUUUAUAAUAGAACAAUAUAUGCAUCCUAUUGUCCAAAAUUCACAACAUCCUUUUAAGGGAAACCUUCUAUAUGGCUUCGAGAGAACUCUAAAGCUUUCUGUUCCCAAUGUAUAUGUGUGGCUUUGCAUGUUCUAUUGCUUCUUUCACCUUUGGUUAAAUAUACUUGCAGAACUUGUUCAGUUUGGUGAUCGUGAGUUCUACAAGGAUUGGUGGAAUGCUAAAACUGUUGAUGAGCCCGUGCACAAAUGGAUGGUUCGUCAUAUAUAUUUUCCAUGCAUUAGGCAUGGUAUGUCUAAGAAUGCUGCUGUAUUAAUUGCUUUCCUGAUUUCUGCCGUGUUCCAUGAGCUUUGCAUUGCUGUUCCCUGCCACAAGUUCAAGUUGUGGGCUUUUAUUGGAAUUAUGUUUCAGGUUCCUCUAUCCAUUGUCACUAACUUCCUACACGAGAAAUGCAAAAGCUCAAUGGUUGGAAACAUGGUGUUUUGGUUCACAUUUUGCAUUCUGGGUCAGCCUAUGUGCGUACUACUAUACUACCAUGACUGGAUGAACAGGCACAGGGAACAUAACUAAACUAGAGUUGCAUCUUUAGCCGUUCUUAGGAGUCAUCCUCCCCAUUUUUGGCGUAAAUUUGGUGUAGAUAUGUUCCUGGCUGUUUCAUGUGGGAAUUGUACCUUCACAGUAGUCCUAUGAGGUGUUCGUUCAUCUUGAUCUCUCUACUUGAAAUCUUGAAUAACUAUAUUGGGUAGUGAUAUCAAUAUGGAAGCAAUUUUGAAAGCUAGCACUAACAUCCCAAGUGCUAACGAACACUGUAUUCAGUAUGAAACUUAUGUUACUGCGACAAGAUGCUAAUUUCAACUGUGAUUUUCUUUAGGAA